CAUGGGUCGGGACCACUGUCCUCCAUAUUUUGUCUUAGAGCGCUCCUUCUUAUCCUCAGCCAUCCAGCCCUGCACUUUUCCUUAGAAUGGUAUGCCCCGGCAUGAGCCUAUAGAGCCUGCUGAUGCGAUACAUCUCCUCUACACCCUGCACGCUCAUAUUAUUUUCCUCGGCACUCUGCAAAGCCUCGAAUGUGGAUUGGAUGAAGCUGUAGGAUACAUCUCUAAAAUUAUGCUAUACAUAGAAUAGUGUAUGUUCUAUAAUGUAGACUAGUCACUGUAUAUUUUUGAAUUAGGCUACAGUUGUCUUGUGUCUGGCUACAUUGGAUUACCUGGAGCAGCUAGAAUCAUCCGUCGCGCCCUAAUGGGCUUUGACUGUAUCCUAUUCAUAGGGAGUGAGUAUCAAAAUGAGGGAUGCUGAACGAUUCCGAUGAGUCGUUCUGGGGCAAGAUGCGGACAGAAUGUCUGGGGCAGUGCUUCGUAGGAUGUUGAGGCUUUGUGAUGGUGGAUUCUUGUGGAUGGGAAAUGCUCCCUGAUCUUCCCUGCCCUCCUCCUCCCUCUCCUGAACACCCCAAUCCCUCCAUCUCUCGUUUUCACUUUCUCCAUCACUCCAUCACUCUCUGGUCGCCAUGACGUCUACGCUGCAAACGCUGGCGCUCAAGCUGGCCCCACCCCCUCAGGACCUAAACCCUGAGCGGUUGGACGGCUGCGAGGAGACGGGCCGGCGCUACAAAGUGGUUCCCUCCGUCGUGUGCUCCAUGUGUUGCCUCUUCGGCAUCAUCUACUGCUUCUUCGGGUACCGUUGUUUCAAGGCGGUGAUGUUCCUGACGGGCCUGAUGUUCGGCUCCAUCGUCAUCUUCAUGUUGUGUUAUAAGGAGCGCGUCCUGGACACCCAGCUCAGUGUUGAGGCCUCUGUGGGCAUCGGCCUGGGCAUCGGCACCCUCUGCGGCCUGGUCACCAUGCUGGUUCGCUCCGUGGGUCUCUUCAUGGUGGGUCUCCUCCUGGGCCUCUUGGUGGCUGUGGCUACCCUGGUGGGCAUGGAGGAGCUGUCCAACAGCCCCCCGAGGUCGGUCUGGGUCCCCCUGGGGGUGCUGCUCGGCCUGGGCAUGCUGUUCGCCGUUCUCACCCUCCAAUGGCAACGUUUCUUCACCACCGUGUCCACGGCCGUGUUCGGGGCGGCGGUGAUCACCGUGGCGCUGGACUACUUUGUGGAGCUGUUUGCCCUGGUGCUGUACCUGUAUGAGAGGGUAAAAGCGGCGCCCAGAGGGAGACCCGUCUGUUGGAUCACCUGGGUGGUGCUGGGGGUGUGGCCUGUUCUGACGCUCCUGGGGGUGCUAAUACAGUGGAAGGUGACAGCAGAGGGAUACUCCCACACCAAGGUGAUAAUCAGUCGUCAGCAACGGCGGGUCCAGCUGAUGCGUAUCCGUCAGAAGGAGGAGCGGAGGGACCGCAGCAGGAAGAGGAAGAAUAAGCAACAGAGAGACUCCACCCACAGCUCUCACCCUCCCAAACCCCUGCACCCCGAGCCCGCCUAUCGCAGGAAACCCAACCCUAUACGACGCUUUGACGGGGACGUCCUAUCGCCUAGUUACAUCCAGAGUUUCCGGGACAGGCAGGUUGAGGCCAGGCCGUAUCCUGGAGGGGGCAGACUGAUGGGGGGAGGAGGGGCUCACACCAAUGUGGAUGUGGACUAUGACUGUGGCUCCACCACGCCCCUCACUGCGGCUGCAGGCCCCUUACUACGAGUCUGAACACUCUCCUAACCACUGGUCCAACCACACCUCCAAUGAUCUGGCAGCCAUAUCACACCCCCAAAAGGUGUGACCACACCCACAACCCACCUGUGCUGCAGUAUGGAUCUGACCACACCCCUAAAUGGUGCGACCACACCCCCAAAGGCCUGUAUUGAAGUAUAGGUCUGACUGACCACUCCCCCACCACAAUGCUGGAGCCAAUCAGAGUAUGUGAAUAGUUAAGGCCUGAACUCCUUUUUCUGUUUCACACACACACACCAGCCACAUGCAUGAAAAUACUGUACACACAUCCACAAACACUGCAGUGGAACUGGACCUGGUGAACAGAGAGAGAAAUACAGGGCCUCCAACUGGAUGGAUAGAUGUUACCUGAGGCUUCUCUCUCUCCAUCCAGUCUCCAGCCAGUCUCCAUCGGGACACAGUUUAAAGAAGCAUGGCUCAGGUUUCAAAUGAGGAAUCGUUUUACCACGGACACCGGAAUACAAUCCUCUCUCUUCAGGAUUUUGAAAGAUUCAACUUAAAGUCUUGUCUACUGCUCGGCAGUCUUAAUUCCUCAAAUCAUUCUCUGUCGUCAACAGGCAGUUCCUUUGUACUGCAUUUCUACGGUUCCAUCCUUCUAUGGAGUUGGGACCUUCUGAUGAGAACUGACUAGUCAUAAACACCCCUGCUCUGUGCCAUGCCAGCCCAACAACAGAUCACCUCCUGGGAAGGAGAAGAAUAUCUGUCUUUUAAGAGGAAGCAUUAUGCAUUCUUGGUGCUGGACGAUAUCCUUCUUUGGAAAGCAGUUUGAAAUCCCCCUUCUUUAAAUUAAGUUGGGAGAUCCGGUUGAUUUACGGGUGCCUUGUGACUGCCCUUACUUGGACUGUACCACUCAGCAGUGAGAUAGGGGUUAUUGGCAGUGGUCACUGACUGAGAGAUGUGAGAGACUAUAUGAUAACAUGCUAUAUUAUUAUAGUGACAGACAACAAAGUUGUUGCGAUAGGAAUGAGGGUAGGCCUAUGUCUAGCAGAGGAGCAACAGUGACCCAAUCAGGGAGCAAGCAAGGAAACAGUGGAUGGUGAUUGGUCUAACCUGCCCUGGGCUCUACCAAAAGGAACCCUACAUGAAGUCAGCACAGGGUCAACAAGAGGUCAAUAAAGAGUUCAAAACAGAAAGGGGUCCGAAUAAACGAUCGACCAAUACAACGAGAGUAUUGACCACUCCCCCUCCACUCUACAGAGAGGACCAUUCAGGUCACAGAGGAUCGCCUACAUAUAGAUAGACCCCUACAUAAUGUGCAUUGGCUUUUCAAUAUGGGUCACAACAUUCUGUCUAUCGUGUAUCAGUAAAUGACAUGACAUCUAUGGUUUAUUAUUGUCUUUGACUCAGACUGUGAAAGGGACUGUGAGUGUGAAACACAUGAUAAAAUAAUACAGGCGUGAUGUUAUUAUUAUUAUUAUUAUGAUUAUGAUUGCCCCAUUGGGCUGUGGGUCGGGACAGGGUAUGAGAAUCAAAUUUCUUUUCCCAGAAUCUUCCAGGGGAAAUCGACCUGGCUGCAUGACUCAGUGGUUCCUUCCUGUUCCUGUCCCCCUCUCCUGUCCCCCUCUCUUAUCUGUCUCCCGUGGCUUUGUCCUCCUCAACUCACCGUUCCUAUCCCCUCUAGCCUGGUCAGCCCACAUCUAACAACCACGCGCAGUUUGUUAAACACUUCUCAUGAAUAGCUUCUUAAUAAUGCUA